GUAAAGUGGACUUCGUUCGAGUGAACGAGGCCAUUCAAGGUGUCCCAAAAAUAACCCUUAUAAUUCUUUAAACUAAUUCUUAAACGGGUCUCAAUGAAAGGUCAAAUUUAAGCUUGAGUAUGAGUUUUACUAGAGUCAUUUUAGGUAAAGGGAAAGCAACUAGAACCGGCUUAAAGGUAACUUUUUUUAAGCUAGUGCAACGUCUUUACGAGAGGACAUGGGCAUGUGUCACUGUGAAAUAUUUUCAGUCCAUAGUUAUGUUUGCUUAAUUUUUUCCUUUAAGAGCUCAGUCGGUCUCCUUUCCCCUUCUGGAAUAGCUACUAAAAGAUGUCAAAGCAGACUGUUCAGCAGGUAGGCAGAAUUGAUAAGAAUGCUACUUCUUUUUAUUUAUCAAUACUAGCUAAUGGUAGUGAGAAUAUGGAAGUCAUCAACUUGUUGAUGUGAGUUCUGGGUGUUUUUUGGAAAAGGAAAUCGUCAAAGUAAACUCUGAUAUGAGAAUUGCACAAGGAAGCUUUGGGAAGCUGGUGAAAGAACAGAUAAUAUCUCGGCAAACACUAUCUAGAGCUUCACUGACAGACAUAAUUCACGUACCUCUGGAGUUAUUUUUAGAAUUUUACCCUAAGGAUCCGGGCCCAGUUGUUUGAAGGCUGAUUAGCGCUAAUCCAUGGUUGAAUUUUAUUCUGGGAUUCUUUAUUCCAUUGUUCAAAAGCCUUUAUAGGAUAAUUUUUUCUGUGCCUUUUAGAGAAUCCAAUUAUAUUGUAGACAAAAAAAAUUGCACUGAAUUUUCUUUUAAAGCUUUCAGAUCUGAAAUCAUAUUUCAUACACUAACCAUAGGUUAUCUAAACCAGACUAUGAACAAUCUGGCCCUGGAUCUAAAAGUGUCCUCCAGAAACUAUAUUUAUUUUGAGCCUGAUAUCAAAAAGAGUUUAUAAGAAUGUGAUACUAAUGUACUCAUUUGUAAUGUGUGCUAGCUAUCUUAACAAUAUUUGUCGCUCUUUUUGCAUAGUUCAAGUUCAGAGGAUGAUAAAUACAUUGAACCGAGGACAAAAGUCCCCACUUUUCAUUUUCAAGACAGCCUUCCUCGGCUACCAAUUCCAAAGUUAGAAGACACAUGUCGUAGGUAUCUGGAUGCACAGAAACCUUUGUUAACACCUGAACAGUAUGAAGACACUAAGCAACUUGUUGAAAAGUUUCAGAAACGUGAGGCUCCAGGUGUGUAAUUUAUUAAAAUAUAUUAAAUUGUAUUAUUUUAUCAUAGUCUUUUGGGGAUUGUCAUUAUUUUUGUUACAAUUAUUAUGAUAUCAUUGUUGUAAUUAUAAUUAAUACUAUCUUCUCCAACAUUGUUUUUUAAAUAAUUCUUUAAUUCUUUAAACCCUAAGGGUGACCAGAAUCUAAUUUAUCUUUACAGUAAGACUGCUGAAUAACCAACCUAAAAAGCUUUGAUUGUUAAACAGGGUCAAUAACAAAAGAUAUGUGUAGAAACGGGUAUAGAGAAAACAGAUUUUGAUGUUAGGGUUCAGAAUCUAAAAGAUGCUGACUUGUGAAAUAGUAUUCUUAGGCAUCAGAGAUUAGAGAAUUUUGCUACAUGAAAAAGCAGCAAUCACUGGCUGAAUAAAUUCAGUUGGAAAUCACCUUGUAAAAACACAACUGGAACUCCUUAUAUUACACACUUAGAUGUACAAUCGUUCAAGGUCUAGAACAUUCUCUUUUGGCUGCCUCUCUCCAAAUUUCAGCCAGCAGCCUAAUUUCUUAGCUAAAUCCCUGUAGAACUAGCAUAUAAAUAUAUACAAAUAUAAAUUUUCACCUGUACCUUCUAACAAGCUUUAUAAGGUUUUCUCAGUUACAAAAAUCUUUUGAAACUAUAUAUUUAAAUUUUCAUCAGCUUGCUCUAUGAACAAUAGCCCCAAUUGGUGUUAAAUAAUGCGUGGAUGUUUGUCUGCGGACAGUAUUAGUUCCAAGAGGCAAACAGUGUUUGGAGAGUGAAGCUCAAGGAAAACUGUGAGCUUUGAGGAACAGAUAGUGUCCAGAGACAAAUAUUUGUGCAUUUUUGUGUGCAAAAUGAGGCUAUUUUAUCCUUAAUCUUUCAAAUACUUUUGCAAUGCACAGGGGAAAAACCUUUGAAACUUUAUGCUAGCAUAAUGACUUGUAGUUUUUCUUUGCCCACACAGUGUUUUGUGUUCUCUUCAACAGGCCUUCAUGCAGAGCUUAUACAGAAAGACAAGCGCAACAAACAUACAAGUUACAUAGCAGGUAUCUCAUAAAAGCUAUAAAAUUAUGUACAGACUUAGAAAGUGUUGCCUGCAUAAUUCACAGGAUUCAAAUUAAGCUACAUGUCUUGUUCUGUUUUUAUGCAAGUAUGUUUUGUAUCAUUACACCCAUAUUUUAUAUUGCAAGUCAAAUGCUGAAAAUUAGGCUAAAUGAUUUUAAGUUGUAUUUGCUUUGUAUCAAAGUUUUGUAUUGCAAGUAAUGUAUUGUAAUACUAAAUAACCUAUUAAGCAUUUUGGUGUGUAGUAUUACUGAGUAUUUUACUCCUUGUUUCCUGUAUUUCGACUUGCCAUUCAGGCUGGUCAAAAUAUAGCACAACUUGUGGAAAAGACUUAGCAUGAGUAGCAAAAUACUAAAAUGUUUAAUAUUAAGAUAUUUUAGUGUAUAGUAACAUUGUGGUGUGAAAUGUAGAAUUAAAAAAAAAAAAGAAAGGCUUUUAUUCUGAUGAUGUGAAAGUCAGCUUGUGGAACAGUUUUGACAACUCUCGUAACCCUUUCACUCCCAUGAAUGACCAAGACAGAAUUUCUCCUUACAAUAUCAUUACAAUAUUAAGCAGACAGCUGAUGAGAAUGAAGAAAAAUAUCAAUGAGGGGAUUUUUAGUUGAUCCAAUACUAAAUUCUCUGUACUAAUAUUAUAACACAUGUAUGGCAGAUAGUAAGGAGAAUUACUAAUGAAAUCUUGGAAGUGAAAGGCUUGAGCUCUGCAACUCUGUUCCUACUUUUUAUCAUAAACUAAGGGUCAAGUUGUUUGUCUCUUUCCCAACAAAUGAAAACUUAGCUUCAGUUUCAUUUCCCAAUUUCCUCUUUUGUAUAAUUCUUAUCUUAUUAAUUUUAGCAUCUGCUUUUCACUUAAGUAAUAUUCUAAUUUUUUUCAUUGUUGUAUUAUUUGAAUAGUUAGUAAUGUCAUCAUUUUAUGUUGCGAUAGUAUUAUAAAAUUAUUUACAUUGUCACUGCAAAGCCAACUUUAAGGAAUGUUUGUAAAAUUUGUAUUGUAUAGAAAAAUGUAUUUUUCAUCAAGCUAGACCACACUUUUGGCAGUUGGCUAUUUCCAUGAGCAUUUUUUUUAUAAAGGCAAUCUACUUUAUUCAAAAAGUUUUCUUAUGUUCUCCUUACCUAUCUUAUGUCACCAAAUCACCUUGCAGAUUUUUUUUUUUCAUUAUGAACACAUAGAUACUUGAAAUAAUAUUAAUAUGUGUCCCUUCAACUGACUUAUUAGAGUCCUUGAUAUCAUUGUCUAUCAGGUCCUUGGUAUGACAUGUAUCUAGAAGCCAGGGAUUCUGUAGUUCUAAACUACAAUCCAUUCUUGAUGUUCAAAGAUGAUCCAGUAGCUGAAAAUAAUAAUCAGGUACCAUUGUGAUAAAAUUACAGUAUUGGAUUCAAAGAACGAUUCAUUAAUUUUUUUUUUACAUAUGUACUUAUUAUUACUGAUUGUUUUUGUUUUUGUUUGUUUGUUUUUUUUGACAACAAGCACUGCUAAAGGAAAAACUAUUUGAACCUCAAAGCCCUUAAGAUUUGGGCUGUGAUUCUGUGACACUUUUCAGUUAGAGUACUAGAAUGGCGAGUCUAAGGCGACUGCUAAGUUUAAUUAUGACAUUCCUCCUGCAUAAUGCUAGGAUCAGCAAUUUCUAAAAUGUAGUGUUCUUUGCUGUGUUCUUGUGAUAGGUUGUCAGGGCAACCAACAUGAUAAAGUCUGCAAUGAGGUUCAAAUUAUCAUUAGAUGAUCUUUUUCUUGAGCCUGAUAUAUUUCAUCUAAAUCCCAAAUCAAGUGACACACAGUGGUUUCGGAAUAUUAUAAGGUAUGUUUCUUACAGUCUGGUAUUCUAAAUGCAUUUGGCAUUUUGUGAUUACUUCUCUUUUGCUCUUACAAUACUCAGUCAUGCUCUUUCUAUCAGCAGUUUGUUACUCUUCUUGAGUCAACCUUUUGACACCUAAGAGUGACUAGCAUCUAUUUUCUCCUCACAUUGUCAACCCUGAAUCACACAAUAAGAUCAUGAGUAGAAAGGAAAUGAUCACUGACUGAAGAAGCUCUUGAUUGGUUGAACAAAUUCUCCUUAACAGCACCAUAGGAAAUGUAUAGAGAACAGCAGAGAGAAUAUACAUACUGAUGUUAAUGGCUCAUGAUAUUAUUUUCAGGUUUGUUCCUCGGCAGCUGUCUUGGUAUGGUGCAUUUCUUGUAAAAGCUUUUCCUCUGGACAUGAGUCAGUACAGCAGACUGUUUUGCUCCACACGGAUACCAGAGCUGAAAAAAGACAAACUGGCCACAUUUGAAACCGGACGACAUAUUCUUGUCAUGAGAAAAGGAAACUUUUACGUGUUUGACACAAUCACAACAGAUGGUAAGAUCGGAAACAUCACAAAUGUAUCACAGUAGAGAGAUGUAUUUUUAAACCGGUGACCAAGACAUGUUACAAGGGAAAUAAUUUUAGGUAGAAUAUUUCAGGUCGCUGGGAUCUAUUUUAUCUUUAAGUAGUUCCAUGUUAAUGAACAAGACCAGACUUUGCUGACUGUUUUUCAAUACCGUGACUGGUUCUCUAAAUGUAAACGUGUUACUUUUCUCAUUUUUAGGUAACAUAGUCCCAACUGCCACCAUAUAUCAAAAUCUCACAUACAUCAUUGAAGACUCCACCCCUGCCCCCAACUUCCCAGUAGCUGCUCUGACGUCAGAAAAUCGUGACAGUUGGGCGAGCAUGCGCCAUGCUUUGGAAGCCAUUCCAGGUAAUGAGGAGGUCCUCAAGUUGAUUGACAGCGCCGUGUUUGUUCUCUGUUUGGAUGAUCAUGACGUUAGCAGUAUUGCGGAUGUUACGCGAACGUUUCUUCAUGGUGAUGGACGAAACAGGUAAAGAUCUUUGAAAGCUUCUCUAUAUGUGUGAAUUACUGUAGCGAGGUAAAUAAUGGAAGCCUUGCAUCUACUUAUUUUAUAGCUCUUUAUCUUAGAGCAUUGUCAGGUAAAUAUUUUCUGUGACUUUUUUAUUUCUCAGAUGGUUCGACAAGUCAUUCCAGCUGAUAAUUUGCAACGAUGGUAAAGCAGCAGUUCAUUUUGAACAUGCUUGGGGCGAUGGAGUUGCUGUGUUGCGUUUCUUCAAUGAGGUAAACAUAGUAAAUUCUUUAGUUUACAUAAUGCUACUUUGAUAAGUUGCUAACCUCGCAGGAAAGAAAUAUAAGCAUUUUUUCGCUCUUGGCACAUGCGCCACUCUUUUAGCGCACUUGGUAUCCGCGUCACCCUUUCCCGCGCUUGGUAUCCACGUCACCCUUUCCCGCGCUUGGCACCCGCGUCACCCUUUCCCACUCUCCGCAUCCGCUUCACUUUUCCGUUCUGUUUUCUUGUCCUUGCAAAUUAGGAUUUUCAUAUCAAUCUAGAAUUCAAGUCGAACAUCUAUCGAUAUCAACGUCUUAAUUUUUUCCUUUCACAGGUUUAUAAAGACACUACGACUCGGCCGGCUUGCACCCCGGCCACCGCUCAAAACUUCAACGCGCAAGUGACCGCGAGAAAAUUGGAUUUUAAAUUAAACCCUGAAAUUGAGAGAGGAAUCAGCGCCGCUAAAGAGAAAUUCGACAAAACUGUAAAUGGACUAGACAUUGCCGAGCUUCAGGUUCACACAUAUGGAAAAGAUUAUAUAAAGAGCAAGAAACUCAGCCCUGAUGCAAUCAUGCAGCUGGCUAUUCAGGUAAGUGAACACAAUUUUCUGUUGUUUUCUUGAGUUUCAUAGCACUGUCACUCAUUUCCUUAACCCGUUCACUCUCAAUAUCUCCUUAGUCAUUCCGCCUACUACUUGCCUCACAACUCUUAUGAUUUUGGUUUAGAGAAUUUUGUCUUGGAUCAACUAAUAAUCUCUCUGCUUGAUAUUGUAUUGAUAUUGUAAGGAGAAAUUCUGUCUUGAUCAAUCGUGGGAGCUUAAAUGUAAAUGAAUCGAUGCUAAGGUAAUCAUGCGUGUUAAGGCUUGCUUGCCACCGUAAAGAGUUUCAAAGUUGGCGUUUCGAGCGUGAGCCCUCGUCAGAGCGAGGGGCUCUGACGAAGGGCUAACGCUCAAAACGUCAACUUUGAAACUCUUUACGGUGGCCAAUUUACGUUAUUAACUCAUUUGAUAAUGGGAAAUUACCCUGUUACACUCUCCCACCGACGCACAACCACAGUUUCUUUAGAAACUUAUCCCUUUUAUUCACGAUUGUAAUUUUUCUUCAUAGAAGCUACCUAGACUGAUACCAACAACUUCAAAUUUAGCACAUUGAAAAAACACAAGUUAGUGAUUACUUGAAUUCUAUAAAAAAUUCAGUUUUUUCAGUGAGAUAUUUUUCCUUCUUGUUUGCAACAGAUGGCUUUCUUUCGUCAAAACGGCAAGUUUGUUGCUACUUACGAGUCCUGCAGUACAGCAGCUUUCAGACACGGGCGAACAGAGACAAUAAGGCCAGCAUCCAACGCCACGGUAGCAUGCGCAGAAGCGUUUCAAAAAUCGCACCGAGCGGGGGUAGAGGAAAUGGUGGAAAGAAUCCGCCGAGCUGCUGACUGGCACUCAAAACUCACCAAAGAGGCUGCCAUGGGUAAGUUUUUGUGAAUCAAACUAUCACGCUUUCUUAUCACGCAAGACGGUCAUGUCACCUUGAUUAUAUUUUUAUGGCUACUGCCUCCUCUGGAGUUGUCCUGUUGAGUGAGCGAGUGUAACAAUAGAAUACGAACGAUCUAUUCGUCCACAACGAAGUCUGCCGAGUUUUACCCGAUUUUCCCUGCUCUUGUCUUUUGUUUGUUUCGGGACAUCUUCGGUCGUUCACUACCUAGUGACGAUUUCUUCGAAUCGCUUCGAAUGUGACACGGAAUAAUAGCAGGUGAUCACACUGUUUCCUGUGCUACUUAUUGUUUGUCUCGUAGUGUACUACAGAAGACGAUAAACAUCUCACAAUCAUUUCAGAAUGAUGCGUGAAUAAAGAAAGCUUUACCUUGCAGAAAUGCCUUGAAAGGAGUGAUCGGCGUAUCGUGAAAAUUUAGAGGAAAAAUUUUUUCUUUGGAGAGAGAGCAUUCUACCGUUUGAAUUAGCGAAUUUUUCUCUGUAGAUCAGAAGAUAUAAUUUUUCAGUUUUAACCCUGACACUACAAUAGAUGAUAAACAUCUCAAAAAAAUUUCACAGUGGCAUCUCCUGCAGGUAAUUGAAAGAAAGACUUUUCCUUCCAGAAGUAUCUAAAUAGGUUUGAUCUGCACAUCGUGGAAACUUUGAAGAAAAAUUUCAUGUAUUCCAAAAGAGAUCUUUUUACCAUUUCAAUCAGCAACAAAUGCUCGAAAAAGCCGCGAAAUUUGCGAAGCGAGCAAGGUCUGAAACACGGUACUUUGAGUUCAACAGGGUGACAUCAUUCGAUGGAAUGAUGGAUGGCGGAAUGCCUUGUUGUAUGAAACAAAAAUCUCACAGAAAUGGAAUUGAAUGAAGUGAGAAAAUGGUUUUUAAUUAAAAGACAAAUCAAAAUUAAAAGAAGGCUUGUUUAAUCAUUAUUGGAGCCUAGGGAUGGACAUGAGGUUCUUGAGCUAGCCAAGAACAGUGAGGUUCUCGAGCUAGCCCUAUAAUUUAUCGUUACUAUUACUUUUGUUAUCAUUAUCAUCAUUAUUAUUAUAUUUAUUAUGGUUAUGAUCAUUUGUUUCCAUUUAAUCAGUGGUUAAGAGUCAAUUAUUCACUAUAUUCUUGAAUCAUCUUUCUCUUGUGGAACAGGGCUCAUAUAAGUAUGUGGGAUGCGGCAGGUUUUCUGUUCUGCAUGUCAGACAAAUCUUCUGCAGCGCUACCUUCUAUCAUCAUCAUACAACCCCUGGUUCUUUUCAAUGCUAUUAAAGAUUUUGCUAUAUCAGUAGCCAAUUAUGCAGUCUUAACAGCUUAUUUUUUGACUGUGUUAACCGACUUCGAUAAACUUUAUUAUCGUCGCAACGAAGUCCUCUUCAGCAGCACAGCUCAGUAUCUGGACAAAUUCAUUAAGCAAUCGCCAGACACUCUUUCGCUCAAACCGUACACUGUGCCUAAUUUCGACAAAAACGAUGUAUCGCGGAAGAAAACAACCUAAUGGUUCCUUCUGAUUUUCUUGGUAGGUCAAGGUUUUGACCGUCAUCUCUUCGCCUUGCGUACCCUGGCAGAGUCCACGGGUAAAGUCCCGGAUAUUUUCCAAGACCCGGCUUACAAACAAAGUAAUCACAUCAUCCUCUCCACUAGUACCUUAUCUAGUCCCGCACUGAUGCUUGGCGGGUUUGGUCCCGUUGUGCGGGACGGGUUUGGAGUGGGAUAUGGGAUCCAAGAUGAUUGGCUGGGGUGUAACGUAACCAGCUAUCCACCAGAGAGGGAUGUGCGAGGGUUUUUGGAAUGUGUUCGACUCAGUUUAGAGGAUAUUUAUAGCGUUCUUGAAGGAAAAAAUUUCAAAGAGUGACCGACCAACAUUAUGUAACAUUAUUAAAAUAAAGGUUUUAGUAGCAGUUCACAUAAGUGUAAAAACCUUAGGCUCUGCUACGGGAAACCAUUCAUUAUGUUUGGAUACGAUUAUAAAGGCUGUAUCUGAAGCCUUAUUGUAAAACUUGCUUUAUGAAUGAAACUAAAAUCCGUUUGUAUUAAAUCGUAAGAAAAGAGCCUUAAUACCAGUGUUUGUUUUCAAGCCUAUUACGUAAUUUUGCCACACAUUUGUUCUACUAACUACAGUUCUAUGUACACUUGAGAAAUAACAAUUGCAAAUUAUGCGUUAAUCUGCGGACUACAGUGGUUUCCAAAUUUCCAC